AGGGAGCACGCGGUUGCCAAGCGACGGCGUUUUCGCAUACUAACGCACUACGUAGUAUUUGAAAAUAGUGCGGUCGCCUACAGAUAUGGCGUACUACUUAGUGCUAUAGUAUUUAGCUUUCAGCGACGGCCUUUUAAAGUAAAGGGAAGUUUCAUACGUCGCGUGGACGUGAAAAAAAAACUUUGUUAGGAAAUAAGACUUUCAUUUCGUUUUGGAAUUGAAACACUUUUUCAGGUGAAAUGUACAUUUUUGGACUGGACAUGGGACUGCUCUUGAGGGACGCGGAAACCCAAGCUUUACACUUGGAACAAUAAUUUCAUUCAGAUAUAAUUCUAGACUUUUCACUAUUUGUAUAUAUCCAAGAUAUUGAAUGCAAUGGCGUAUGAAAACAGCUUUUUCGGAGCUACUGAGUUGAUCAAAGAUCGCUUAUACUUUGCAACCCUGCGAGGAAAACCGAAAAGUACAGCGAACGCGCACUACUUCUGCACGGACGACGAGUUUGUCUAUGAAAACUUCUACGCAGACUUCGGGCCUCUCAACCUGGCCAUGCUGUAUCGAUACUGCUGUAAACUGAAUAAAAAACUCAAGUCUUUCACGCUUUCCAGGAAACGCAUCAUUCAUUACACCAGCUACGACCAGCACAAGAGAGCCAACGCAGCCUUCCUGAUCGGCGCCUACGCCGUGAUAUACUUAAAAAGAACUCCAGAGGAAGUCUACCGAGCCCUGAUAUCUGGGACUAACGUGUCCUACCUGCCCUUUAGAGACGCUGCCUUUGGGAACUGCACCUACAACCUGACCAUCUUAGACUGUUUGCAAGGAAUCCGUAAGGCCCUGCAGCACGGGUUCUUCGACUUUGAGACGUUUGACGUCGAGGAGUACGAGCACUAUGAGCGUGUAGAAAAUGGUGACUUUAACUGGAUUGUGCCAGGGAAGCUGCUGGCCUUCAGUGGGCCUCAUCCCAAGAGCAAAAUCGAGAAUGGAUUCCCUCUCCAUGCCCCAGAAGCGUACUUCCCCUACUUCCGCCAGCACGAUGUCAGCGACGUGGUCCGGCUCAACAGGAAGAUGUACGAGGGAUGCCGCUUUACAGAUGCCGGCUUUGCACAUCAUGACCUGUUCUUCGUGGAUGGUGGCACGCCGAGUGACAUCAUCGUCCGCCGCUUCCUGCACAUCUGCGAAACGGCGGAGGGUGCCGUCGCCGUCCAUUGUAAAGCUGGCCUAGGCAGGACAGGCACCCUGAUUGGCUGCUACCUCAUGAAGCAUUACCGCUUCACAGCUGCAGAGGCCAUCGCCUGGAUUCGCAUCUGCAGGCCUGGCUCGGUCAUCGGCCCCCAGCAGAACUUUCUGGAAGAAAAACAGCAUGGCAUGUGGAUGGACGGCGAUUUGUACCGGUCCAAGCAGCCGAGGCUGAGGUAUUACCCGGAGAGAGACCUGGCCCACCUCAUCUCCAGCCUGGACGACGUUUCUCUCUGCAGCACCAGCCUGAACGCUCCGAGCAUGGACGAGAACGAUCUCGCGGCUAAUAAUAUGGGCGUAACUCAGGGAGACCGACUGCGAGCAUUAAAGUGUAGACGUCUUCUCAGGUCUCCGUCCGUUCUCGGUGGGUUACGUCCGAUACCUGGAACCAUUUCUCCCUCGAAGUCUUCCAAAGCUCCUCCUCCUCCUCCAUUCUCUGGCGGCCCUGUAACGAGGAGACUGGCUCGGAGCCCGUCGACCGCUGGAAACAUGAAGAGCUUUAAACCCGGCUUGGUGCGCUCUCUCGGCAACCUUUACAGCCUGGACGACUUCAUAGACGAGGACCGCGACGUGUCCACACCCUCCUACCCCUCUUCCCCUCCUCCUGCACUGUUCUCUCCAUCUUCACUCCUGCCCUCGGGCCCUCCUCCACCCCGCUUCGGUUUCGGAUACCCCGUCCGACAGGAAGUUAACAACAACCUUAACAACCCUCCUGCUCCUGCGCUCAGGCCUGCGAUGAGAGGAGGCUUCAGGCCAAACCCCAGAGUUCCCGUAACGGGCGUGCUCACAGGCCGCCAUCUCAGUCGCUCUGUUCCUGUGACGCGACGCGACGUGAAACAUUCCCAAAAGCAGCUGAUAAGAGUCCAGCAUAGGUGGGAACUCCUUUAUUACUGUUUAAAAAGCAUCUCAGGGAAAUUCCUCAAGAAAUCGGUUGAGAAAAUGCCAGGAAUACAUUUCUGGAAAUUCUCUGCAAAAAGCGUGUCUACUUUGAAGAUGCUAAAACAUUCAAUUAUUUAGAUUUACUUUGGAUUUUUUUCUAUCACAACAUAAUUACCAUAGUUCCAUUUGUGUUACUCCAGAGUUUUAAUGACUUUAUUAUUAUUAUAAAAUGUGGGACAAUAAAGAGCGAGUGUGUCUAAACUUUUGACCAGUAGUAUACAUGAGAACAGGAACGAGUUUCUAAUUGUUGCGGAUGUUCCCACAACAUUAAACGGUUAAAAAAGAGUGACAUGUCUCGCCUUUUGUCGUUGUCGUCCUCAAACCGCUGUGGUAUAAGAGGAAUAAAACACUUCAGGAUGUGCUGUUAUUCCUUACUUAGAGUAGGUGUAGUGUAUAUACAAACAAUAAAAACAGUAAAAGUAAAUUUGUAAUAAUAAACAUUAAUAAUCGUAAUCACACACACACACACACACACACACACACACACACACACACACUUGUACGAAGGUACAGCACUGCGAAAAACUAGAUUCUGUCAUUUCUUUGGUUUUAGCCACAGAAUUGAUUGGGGGGUUGUUCUGCCCGAAAAAAGGUUUAGGUUAUAUAAAACUCCAACGAGCUGUAAGAUGUCAGGGUGCGUGUGUGUAUGACACUGGACUCUCACUCAUUUUGUAAAAGACAUUCUGAUUUGUACAACACAUUUUUGUACAGAUAGUUAACUCUUGUAUUGAUUACAGAAAGCGAUUGGAAUUAAACAUGAACAUGAUUAACAAAGAAAAUUGUCAUCAUACGAACAUCAUAUCAGUGUGUAAGAACAGUGUUACUAUGGUAACAAUCAAAGUAGAGCUAGCAGUGUGUGCCAUUUUUAUUUUAUUUUUUUUUAUUAUUACUGAUGUGAUGUGCAGAGGAGUUAUUUGUACCUGGGGGUAAACCUCCAUAUGUAUUGGCAUAAGAUUGGUUUAAGUAAUUUGUAAGUAGAUUCUUAGAUGUAGAUUACUAGAUUAGAUGUAAGUAGGUUUCUAUUGUUUUUUGUUUUCUUCCAGCAGGGAAUACUGUUGAUAUCAGAGGUGAAAAUGUGAAAAGAAUGUCAAAUAUAAUUAAAGAGCUUUGCAAUAGA